AUGUUUAGUCUUGGCAUAGGUUUAUUGACGCAGGGUACCACCACCAUUGGUGGUAAAAUAAAUGUUGGUAUUGCAACAUCAAGCCCUACCGAUUAUUAUAAGAAUUAUACUUUACCAAACUUAUUAUCAUUAAAACUAAAUGUUUUCAAAGUAUUAAAUCAAUUAAUUUAUGGAACAAAGAGAUAUUUCGAAUUAUUCCCAAUAAUUAGUAAUGUACAAAAUCUCAAUAACUUCAAAGGAUUCUUUCCAAAGCUAUGUGCUGCUGAUGAUUUAGAGUUAGGAUUCGGUGACAAUAAUCAAAUCGAAUUCUUCAAUAAUAGUGUGCCCCAUAAUACCCACUCAAAUUCAUUACAUCAUCCAACUUAUCAGACUACGUCCAAAACUGAUUUGGCAUAUAACCAAGCAGGACAAGUACCUAUAUUUGACGAUUUUUAUGAAGCUCACAAUCACUAUCAAUAUAAUAUUCAUCGUGAAAUGACCCCUACAGAUAUUUCAUUGAAUAACAACAUGUUGCAUGCUCCUUCAUCUCUUCAUCAACAUCCACAACUUCUCUAUUCGGGAAAUUUUGAAUUUGAAAUGGCUAAAGCUGGCUUACAAUAUCCUCAACAAAAACCGGCCCCAUCACAACCUCAACCUACUACUAGAUUACCAUACUUCCCUGAUUCUAGCUUUGAUAUGGAUCUUCCAUAUUUCGAUGAUUUUGCUCCAGUUCAAAGAUCGGUUGCAAAAGUUACUAGACAAGAAUCGGGAAGUCCAUCUGGACAAUCCACAUACAUGUCAAGCACUUGUUCGAUAUCUUCUGUAGAAAGCUAUGUCAAUCCAUUAGACGAUGAAUUAGUCAUAAAGAAACCAACUGAAACCAACAAAAGAAAGAGAAAACAAGAGGAUGAACAAGCACGACCAAAGAGAAAAUACACCAAAAAAUCAGAUAAACUCAUUCAAAUGCAACUUGAAAAAGUCAGAUCCAAUAGUUCAAGCUCCUCAAAUUCAUACGACGAUAAUGAACCUACCAUCAUCACAACCACAACCACAACCAACAAUACCAUAGUUUGUAAAAAGACAAUCGCCACCAAGGACGGUACAACCAUCGACAAUAUUUUCGAAUGUCCCCAUUGUGAUGCCACAUUCAAAGUCAAAGGAUACCUCACUCGUCAUUUAAAGAAACAUAGUUCAUCCAAAGCAUUCAUGUGUCCCUUCUAUCAAGAAGAUGGAAAUAUCGGCACGAAAUGUCAUCCAACUGGUGGAUUUAGUAGACGAGACACAUUUAAGACUCAUUUAAAGGCAUUGCAUUUCAUUUAUCCUCCAGGUACGAAAUCAAGUGAAAGAAAUCAACAUAGUGGUAGAUGUGCUGGAUGUUUUCAAUAUUUUGAAAAUAAUGCGUUAUGGUUGGAAAGACAUAUUGAAAUGCAAAAAUGCGAAGGAACUGUGCUGCAUAAAUUGCAAGGUUUGGGACAUAAGACUGAAGAUGAUGGGUUGCAUUGUCAUGCUUCUCAUUAUGUCAAGGAAGAGAUAGUUGAUUAG